AGAGCGCGCGUCCUCAGCCCGCGCAGUGGUCCUGCAGCCUCCCUCACGCCCCCGAGCCACCAAAGGCGGCGACACCUGAUCCGGCGCGCAAACACGGGUCCCUUCUGUCCCGGAUACAGUUACGCGGCUGAAACACACUCAAACUCACGCACAGCACUCUCCGGAGACGAGCUAUGAAGUCCUACACUCCAUAUUUCAUGCUCCUAUGGAGUGCUGUUGGGAUUGUGAAGGCUGCCAAAAUCAUCAUUGUGCCGCCAAUUAUGUUUGAAAGCCAUAUGUACAUUUUCAAGACACUGGCUUCGGCCUUGCACGAGAGAGGCCACCAUACAGUGUUCCUUCUCUCUGAAGGCAGAGACAUCGCCCACUCUAAUCAUUACAGCCUCCAACGUUAUCCAGGGAUUUUUAACAGCACCACCUCUGACGCUUUCCUGCAGUCCAAAAUGCGGAAUAUUUUCUCUGGGAGAUUGACAGCUAUUGAACUGUUUGACAUACUGGAUCACUACACCAAGAACUGUGACAUGAUGGUUGGCAACCAUGCCCUCAUUGAGGAUCUGAAAAAAGAAAAGUUUGACCUGCUGCUGGUGGACCCUAAUGAUAUGUGUGGAUUUGUGAUUGCUCAUCUUUUAGGCGUUAAAUAUGCUGUGUUUUCCACUGGCCUUUGGUAUCCUGCCGAAGUGGGUGCUCCUGCUCCGUUAGCUUACGUUCCUGAGUUUAACUCACUCCUCACAGAUCGCAUGAACUUGCUGCAAAGGAUAAAAAACACCGGCGUUUACCUCAUUUCCAGAAUAGGGGUCAGCUUUCUGGUUCUUCCCAAAUAUGAAAGGAUAAUGCAGAAAUACAACCUGCAGCCGGAGAAGUCCAUGUACGACUUGGUUCAUGGGUCCAGUCUGUGGAUGCUGUGUACUGAUGUAGCCCUGGAGUUUCCAAGACCCACUCUGCCUAAUGUUGUUUACGUAGGAGGAAUCCUAACCAAACCGGCCAGUCCACUACCAGAAGAUCUCCAACAGUGGGUAAAUGGUGCUAGCGAACAUGGCUUUGUGCUGGUCUCAUUUGGAGCGGGUGUCAAAUAUCUGUCAGAAGACAUUGCUAACAAACUUGCGGGAGCUCUGGGGAGACUGCCUCAAAAAGUGCUUUGGAGAUUUUCUGGAACCAAACCAAAGAAUCUAGGAAACAACACUAAGCUCAUAGAAUGGUUACCACAAAAUGACCUGCUGGGGCAUUCAAAUAUUAAAGCCUUCCUGAGCCAUGGUGGGUUGAACAGUAUUUUUGAAACUAUGUACCAUGGUGUGCCUGUGGUAGGAAUCCCACUUUUUGGAGAUCAUUAUGAUACAAUGACCCGUGUUCAGGCAAAAGGCAUGGGAAUAUUGCUGGAGUGGAAGACAGUUACCGAAGGAGAGCUAUAUGAAGCAUUGGUGAAAGUUAUCAAUAAUCCCAGCUACCGUCAGAGGGCCCAGAAGCUUUCAGAAAUUCACAAGGACCAGCCUGGCCACCCUGUCAAUCGCACUGUCUACUGGAUAGAUUACAUUCUCCGCCACAAUGGAGCCCACCACCUGCGUGCCGCAGUCCAUCAGAUCUCGUUCUUCCAGUAUUUUUUACUAGAUGUUGCUCUUGUGCUUUCGCUCGGGGGUGCUUUAUUGUACUUCCUCUUGUCCCGGGUGACAAAGUUCAUCUACAGAAAAAUCAAAAGCCUGUGCUCUAGAAAUAAGCAUAGUGCAGUCAAUGGACAUUACCACAACGGGAUCCUCAAUGGCAAGUAUAAAAGAAAUGGCCAUAUUAAACAUGAAAAGAAGGUGAAAUGAGCCAACACGGCCCGCGUAAUAGAAACAAAUUGGUUCAGUCAUUGAAUCUUUACUGCUAUAAUUUAGUCUAACAGCUACUAAAAGGGAAACAUCAGUAAAAACAAUUCUAACAGUCCCUUAUCAGAUCUUACUAAUGAAAUUCUGUGGAAUGAGGAAGGCUGCAAGCAGCACAAACCUAAAAUGCAAAAAAAAAAGUGUUUUCAAACACUGAUGUUGUAGUGAGUUUGGGCACUGAACCUCUUAGAAGCCUUAAUUAUUUAAAUCAGUUAAGCAACCAUGUCAGACCUUAGUUUUGAAUCUUGUCGUGUGCGUGUCCCAGAUAAGGAAUGGUUUCCGUCCUCUUAGUAAGAGUUGAGUGUGGGUGCGCAUGCGUGUAUCCUGAGUUUUGGCUGCUCACUGUUGUUUGUUGAGGAUAAACCACAUUUAAAACUGAAGUAAACAAGCAGGUUCCACAUGGUUCUCUUCCGGCAUUUAAUGUGCGUGAAUCCAGAACACAAACGUGCAAAAAUACUUUCCCCUAGAAACUGAAUACAGAG